GUGUAUACCAGAUACGGAAAAUGCUACACCUUCAACGCAAACAAAAAUAACCCCAAAGUGACCCGACAGGGCGGAAUGGGAAAUGGACUGGAGAUAAUGCUUGACAUUCAACAGGAGGAAUACCUGCCUAUCUGGAGAGAGACCAAUGAAACAUCAUUUGAGGCCGGGAUCAGGGUGCAGAUCCACAGCCAGGAUGAGCCACCAUACAUCCACCAGCUGGGGUUCGGAGUUUCCCCUGGAUUCCAGACCUUCGUCUCAUGCCAGGAGCAGAGGCUGACCUACCUGCCCCAGCCCUGGGGUAACUGCAGAGCCCCCGUUCCAGGAGAGAAAUUCCUGCCCGGUUACAGUACGUACAGCAUCUCCGCCUGUCGGCUGCAGUGUGAGAAGGAAGCGGUGGUGAGGAAGUGCGACUGCCGUAUGGUGCAUAUGCCAGGAAAUGAAACCGUCUGUUCUCCCAAGGACUACAUUGACUGUGCUGACAACACACUAGAUUCCACGGUGGAAGAUACCAGUGACAGAUGUCUUUGCCCCACACCUUGUAACCUAACCCGUUACAACAAAGAGAUCUCCAUGGUUCGAAUCCCCAACAAAGGAUCCGCUCGCUACCUGGCCAAAAAAUACAACAGGAAUGAGACGUAUAUCCGAGACAACUUCCUAGUCCUGGAUAUCUUCUUUGAAGCUCUGAACUAUGGAACCAUAGAGCAGAAGAAAGCGUAUGACCUGGCCAGUCUGCUCGGAGACAUCGGGGGCCAGAUGGGUCUGUUUAUUGGGGCCAGUAUCCUCACCGUUCUGGAGAUAUUAGAUUACCUAUAUGAGGUGAUACGGGACAAAGUGAACAGGCUAGUUAAACGGAAACCAUCCCCCGUCAGAAAACCCACAGAGAACAUUUCAACACUUGUCAUGGACGACCUGAAUGACCAGAGCUCGAGUGAAGUCCAUGGACGACAUCCAGAAGGAGCCUAUGCCACAACAAUGCUUCCAAACCAUCAUCGGCAUUAUACACAUCAUGGGGUAUUUGAAGACUUUGCUUGCUAG